AGCUGCCGGUUGGUUCUGUAGAUGUUGAGGUCGACAAUCAGCCUCUGACUCUUCUUACUGGGGAAACUGGACCAGAUCAGAACUUUGUCCGGUUUCUUCUUCAGGAACGUUUUUUUUUCUGAUAUUGAGGUUUCAUGAUGAAACUCAGUUUCUCCAUGUAACUGAUCGUGAUGCUCUUAGCCAACAUUUAUUCUCAAUGAAAUAAUUCAGCCUGGAUUCUGGUCUAAUGUUACAUCAAUAUUUGCUCUCAUAAUUAAGGACGUUAUGAUCAAUAAUUGCAAAGUUCUUUCUCAUUAAUGAGUUCAAAAGAUUUUUUAUUGCUGGUUUUUUAUUUAUUGAACUUCUGAUUAUUUUCUAUAAUUUAUUUUGAUCUGUUGAAUCUAAUUAUUCUACGAUCAGCUGAUGCUGCGAUCAUUAGUCCAGAAUGCAGCAGGACCUGGUUGAGUUUCUCUGAUCUGAGACUUCAGUCCUCUGGUCCUGGAAACGUUCUGCAGCUGCUGGAAGACCCACUUUGGAACCGGCUUUAUGUGGCUCUGGAGGUUCAUCACUACACCCAGAGUUCAUCUCUAGGUUUUGACUGAAAAUAUCUCGGUGUCAGCAAUAAGUCAGCAUCAGAGUCUUUUGAUGUGUAAACAAAGAUAAUAAGUCAUAAUCCAUGUUUCCUCAGAUUACUGAGGAGCCAAGGGAAUGUUGGGAUAGUUCAAGCAUGAAGCUGGAGGAACCCAUUAUCUUUCAGGACUACAACCUACCUGAAGUUCCCAGAAGUAUAAGAUGUUCAGACAUGGCCUAGGUAAGGAAGGCUGAAACCCGAUAACCUCUGAACACAAGAACUGAAACAUCCAAACUGGACUGAAGCAGAUUGAAGACAGAUUUCUCAAAGGUUUUAUGGACUGAUGAGAUGAGAGUGAACCUUGAUGGACCUGUGGAUCAGUGAUGGGCACAGCGCUCCGCUUCACAUCAGACGCCUGCACGGUGGAGGCGGGGUGCUGAUGAGGCCGGUUCCCUCCAGGCCGGUUCCCACCAGGUUGGUUCCCUCCAGGCUGGUUCCCUCCAGGCUGAUUCCCUCCAGGCUGAUUCCCUCCAGGUUGGUUCCCACCAGGUUGGUUCCCUGCGGGCUGAUUUCCUCCAGGCUGAUUUCCUCCAGGCUGGUUCCCUCCAGGCUGAUUCCCUCCAGGCUGAUUCCCUCCAGGUUGGUUCCCUCCAGGCUGAUUCCCUCCAGGCUGAUUCCCUCCAGGCUGGUUCUCUCCAGGUUGGUUCCCUCCAGGCUGAUUCCCUCCAGGCUGAUUCCCUCCAGGUUGGUUCCCACCAGGUUGGUUCCCUGCGGGCUGAUUUCCUCCAGGCUGAUUUCCUCCAGGCUGGUUCCCUCCAGGCUGAUUCCCUCCAGGCUGAUUCCCUCCAGGUUGGUUCCCUCCAGGUUGGUUCCCUCCAGGCUGAUUCCCUCCAGGUUGGUUCCCUCCAGGCUGAUUCCCUCCAGGCUGAUUCCCUCCAGGCUGGUUCCCUCCAGGUUGGUUCCCUCCAGGCUGAUUCCCUCCAGGCUGAUUCCCUCCAGGCUGGUUCCCUCCAGGCCGGUUCCCUCCAGGUUGGUUCCCUCCAGGCCGGUUCCCUCCAGCAUCAUGGCGCCUCGCAGGCCGGCGGCGCUGAGCCUCCUGGUCGUCUUCGGCCUCCUCAUCCUCUCCACCGAGGGGAGAGGCGUUCAGGAGAAACUGAGUCCUGAUGUCACAGCUGGAAGUUUCCUCAGAGGAAAAGAUGAACAUCUGGAGAGAAGCAGACUGAUUCCUGAUCAGCUGCUCCACAAUGAAAAGGUUCUGGACGCCUUCUUGGUUGGUUCUGCCCAGCAGACGAUGGCGGACCGGCUGCAAAGCGCUGCAGAAAUCUUUCCCAGCUGCACACAGGAAGUUCUGGUUCUGACCCGCAGCACCGACCCAUCAGACGGAAACACCGGGCAGGAAAACGGGUCGGAACCGCAGCAGCGUCUCCCAGUCAGCAGAAAGCUUCUCUACAACCAGACAGUCUGUGGGUCAGAACCCGACCAGCAGAACCCUCAGAUGGAUCAAGUAGCACAUGAAGCCGACCCGGUUUCCAGAACCUCCAGAACCUCCAGAACCGCCCCGAGUCCAGAUGGUCCCCUGGUCGAGUUUGACCAGCAGCAGAUCGUCAUGUUAGCAGACGAUGAGGUGGUGAGAACAGCUGCAGCUUCUCUCUACCACAAACAUCCAGCGGUCAGUUCGCUUCACGCCGUCCGUCCCCAGCACGGAGUCCGGCAGGUCAAAGGUCAGGCGGCGCCUCUGUCCGAACGCAGCAGCCUGGUUCUGGUGGGUCAUGGAGCCAGAGAGCCUUCGGGAGAGAUGAGGAUAUCAGGGUACAGCUACCGAGACGUGGCCAGGAUCAUCCAAAGCGGCUCCAGGAUCGGCCAGAAGAUCCAAACUACUGCAGUGGUGGCCUGCGGCGUGGGAUCGGACCGCCGCUUCCCACGAGCUCUGCUGCAGACGCUGCACGAAGCCGGCCUGGAGACGGAGCUGCACCUGUGGAAGACCGCCGUCCAGGUGGCGGAGACGGGAGACGUCCUGAGUCAGGACGGAGCGCGGUGGAGAUCUGGAGAUCACAGCAAGAAGCUGGUUCUGACCGUCGGCCCGACCGGAGAGAUCAGCAGGAGGGACGACCGCCGCCGCACCGGGCAGGAAGUUCCCACCAAUCAGACGGCGCUGCUGGGGAACGGAGGAAACAAAAAGGGAAACAACAAUAAACAUCAAGACAAAGAGAAACAACCCAAAGAGAAUCCAAAGAGCUUCAUUGAUCCAAACGUUUAUGACAAAGUUGCUUCAGAUUUAAAUAAAACAAGAAAUGAAAUCCUAGAAACUUUCAGGAUCCUUGAAAGUUUGACGUGGGGAUUCUUUCAUCCAGAACCACCAAAAAUAAAUCCACAAGAACUUUGUGAAAAAGAUUCAGACCCAUCAGUUUUUAUCAUUGGAGAACGAAGAACAAAGAAAGACAACAAUGGAAAAUCCAAGACAGUUAUUGAGUUUGAAAAAAAAAAUAAUAACAACAAAACCAGUAUUCUGAAAAAAUGUUUUGCAAUCCAAACAGGAAGUGACAUCAGAAACAUCAUCCAUCACUUUGCAAAGAAUGAGAAGAAUGAAGUCACACAUCUGAUGGUUAAUAACUGGAUUUAUGAAGUCGAUCCUGAAACUCUUUAUGUGUUUCCUGUUGGAAAGAAGCUGGACAAGAAUGAGGAAUCUGAAAAUAUUAUUAAUAACAUUGAAGAAUAUAUCAUUGACCAAAUGAACAAGGAAAGUUACCCAGAUAUAAGACCUAAAGUUGAAGGAAAAGAUAAAAAAGAAGAACACUCCGCAGAGUGUGUUCAGUAUUUCCAGAACAUUUUCCUCGGAGAGGCGGCGAUCAUCCCGUCUCCAGAGAGGGAAGCUUGGUGCACCACGUAUUUCACAGCUUCAGUCAUCGCUGAAUCUGCCAGGAACUUCAGGAUGUUUCCUUUGACCCUCAUGGCUCUGAGCAUGAAGGACAGCAGGUUCUGGUUCGACCCAAACUACAUCACCAUGGCUGCUGGGGGAACCUGGCUGAACAAACCGCUGAGAGGAUUCAGCGGCGCAGCAGGAGGAAACCUGGAGAAUCUCGCUGGACUCCUGGUUAGAGAGUACAGAACCAUCAGUGAGUGGCAGGAGGAGAAAGUUCAGGGUGAGGAAGUUCAGUUCACAGCGAUGGCUGAGAUUUCAGAAAACCUCAGAGUAUUAACGUCAGAGGAAAAGAAAAACUUCAUAAGUGAUUGUCAAACAUUCUUUGAUGCUGUGAAGAAUCAGCAGAAUCUCCGAUCAGCGUCUGGCAGGUCCAACAUUCAGCCUGAAGGUCAAUAAAUGAUCAGAAAUACCAUCAAACUCUGCGGGGUUCAGUUACUGCCAUAAAUCAUGUCAUUUCAUGUUAAUGUGAACACAUGAUGUCGUCUGUCGUUUAAACUGGAGGAGCUGAAAGCUUCACUGAUUUAAUAAAAAGUUUGAUUCA